UUUAAUUUUUUUCUGUUCAUUGCAAAUUGUUAGUUCUCAAAUUAUAACUAAUACAGGUUUAGAAUCUAAUCAUAGUCUUGAGACUCUUUUAAGUAUGGUGCCGACUUCAGAAUCAUAUAAAAUAUUAUUGAAGUUAUUGGGGAGUAUUCGACAAAUACAAGAUGAUAUUAAGCAACAUUUGAAUGAUAAUUUGUGUUAUAAUCAGCUUUAUAAAGUAAUAAAUUUUGAUAUGAGUUCUUCAGAGAGAUGGAUUUUAGAAAUGUUGGACGCAACAGCUAAACCACAGUCUGGCCUUUUGUACGGGAAUGUGAUGCAUCUAGGGAAUUAUGACGAAUGCUUAUCAAUAUCAGAAGGAGAAGUACAAGGGAAGUAUUGUACUGUCUUUUUAGGAGCAAGUACACAGAUUCUUACUACGACCUGGGGUGUCUGUUUACCAUCAAGUUGUAAUGAAUCUUUAAUUCAGCCAUUGUUUGACCGAAUUCACGAAUCACAAUUAUUGCCAUUUCCUUUAACAAUCUCUAAUGAUUUUUGCAAGUCCAACGUGGAUGCAGAACCAUUAUUAAGUGGCAACAUCAUUGGAAUAUGUGUGUUUGCUUUCUUUGGAAUCUUGAUGGUAGCUGCUACAUUCGUAGAUUAUUUUAUGAAUUUAAAAUCUAAAGAAAACACUAGAAUUCGUAUUCUUUUAUCGUUUUCAAUAUAUACAAACGGCAAAAAAAUAUUUAAGACUAAAACCAACGACGGAACAAUGGGCUGUUUAAAUGGAUUAAGAGUGAUAAGUAUGGCAUGGAUCCUAUUUGCACAUGGGCAUUUGUUUGCAUUUUUCGUGCCGUCAAUAAACAUGAUUACUCUUCCAGACUUUGUUAAAGCAUGGUUUGGAGCCACUAUUACGUCUGCCUCUAUGGCUGUUGACACAUUUUUUGUCAUUAGUGGUUUAUUGGUGGUUUAUUUAUAUCUCAAGACCUUUGAAAAAACUGGAAAAAUGUCACUGAUGAUGUUUUAUAUACAUAGGAUACUAAGAUUGACACCCUCACUAAUAAUGGUCAUUAUUUUGUCAACAUUUAUUUUGCGACCAACAGGUUCUGGACCAUUUUAUAAUUUAGUAUUGAAUAUGAUAGAAACUUCUUGUAAAGAUAAUUGGUGGGUCACUCUUAUUUAUUUACAGAAUUAUAUUCAUCCAAAGGAGAUGUGUAUUGCUCAUAGUUGGUACUUAGCCGUUGAUACACAACUAUAUUUCUUAGCACCUAUUUUGAUAAUUGGUUUGAUUCGUUGGCCAAAGAAAACGUUAGUGACAUCUGUAAUAAUUCUGCUAUUGUCUUGUAUUUUUAGUUUCACUUUCACGUGGACUAAUAAUUACGUAGCAGCCUUUUUCAAUAUGAACUCUGAUAUCAUGAAAGAUAUUUAUACUCCGACUCAUGUAAGAUGUACACCAUGGAUUGUUGGAGCAAUCUUUGGAUAUUUACUCUUCAAACUCAAAGAUAAACAGAUUAAAUUAACAACUACUGUAGUUACUACAUUGUGGUGUAUAACUUUUCUCAUCAUGUUUGGGAUAGUUGUUCACCACAAGCAGCUUUCCGAAGCCGAACUGAAAGCCACAACAGAAACAAUGGGUGAACAAAUAUCUUCAUCGUUUUAUAAUGGAUUUGACAGACCAAUAUGGGCAAUUGCCAUUUGUUGUUUGAUCUUUCUUUGUGUCCAUGGAUAUGGCGGUGUGAUCAACACAAUACUAUCCGCACCAAUAUUCAAUGUUCUCAUUAGAGUUAAUUACAGCAUGUACCUUUUACACAUGAUUAUAUUAUUUUAUAUUUAUGGCCAGAAAAGAACUCCAGAAUACUUUGGCAUAGAGUUCAAGUUAAUCGAGUGUUUCGGAAUAUUUACAAUUACUUUAUUCAUUUCGAUUCUAUGGACUUUGGCUUUUGAGUCACCAAUUGUUGCAUUGGAAAAAAUUAUAUUUUCAAAGAAGGAACACAAAAGUCAUAGAAAUGGAACGUCACAUUUAGAGAAUAACAUGAUAAAUUCCAAACCUGGUGAUUUUUCUACUAAUAUUUAUAUUGUCGGCAACUACAAGAAAAAUGAAAAUGUAUGUAUUUAAUAAUAAUAGUAUUUUUUAUGUAAUUUAAGGUUAUAUUUUUAUAAAAUUAGUUUAAUUAAUAAAACUUACUUCUGAUAAAA